AUGAGUGGCAUCAAUUCGGCAAUUUCAAAACAAGCCAUUGGUCGACAUGGAUUCAUUGGCAGUUUAUAUGAUAUUCGUAGUGAUCAAUUUGAAGGUGGAAACUUAUUCAAUCGAGAACUGGCACCAUCAUUGAUUUCCACAACAGAUUGUGCAAGUUCAGUUUUUUAUGUGGAUGAAAAUCUAUCUCAAAAAGAUACACUUAAUAAGCUUAAUAUAGAAGGAUCCAUGAAACUAAGUCUUAUGGCUGGCCUAGUUAAAGUCGAUGGUUCAGCAAAAUAUUUAAAUCAAGCAAAAGCUGACAGUCAAACAGUUCGAGUAACGCUGAUGUUUAAUGUUAAAACAAAGCAACAACAUCUGCAAGUUAGUAUGGCGGAUUUACAAAAUUAUUUUAUACCGGAUGCAUUAGAAAAUACAAAUGCAACACAUUGCAUUACGGGUAUUACAUGGGGUGCACGUGUUGCAGCAACUUUCGAACAAAUGCUAAACAAUUCAGAAGCAGCCGAGGAACUUCAAGGUUUACUAUCAGCAUCGUUGAAAAAGGCAACGGUCAAUGUUGAAGGUCAAGCAAAAUUGGAGAACGUUGAGCAAGCAAAUUCGAAAUUUCGUUCAUUGAAGAUUAGUUUCUCCGGUGAUGUUCUAAUAGACGAUGUUCCGCAUACUGUAGACGAUGUUUUUAAUAUUUUUAAAAAAGUACCAUCUAUGUUGAAACAAUUAAACGAAGGGAAAGGUAAGCAACUUGAAUUCCAGUUAUAUCCAUUGAAACGUAUGGCAGAAAUUUUCAAUAUUAUUAAAGAAAUUGCCAAUGAUACGAUGCAUAGUAUUGAAAAUGUUUUUGAGGAAAUACACAGAGGAAAACGAAUAAUCAAUGACUUUCUGGCUAAAAUUGAACAAUGGAAAGAUUUUAUCUCACCAGCUUGGACAGAUGUUAUUCAUAUACAUCAAAGAAAAUUAGUGGAUGCAGAGGGACGAACACAACGUGACAUAGCAUUAUUACUCGAACAAAUUCGACGUGGUGAAGCUAAUGACAAUGGAAUGAUAGGUUUGUUGAAUGAUUUUCACGAGAAAAACUUAUGUUCCCCAAGGUCUAUCAAUCGAUUCCUGAAAGAAAAUGCACGAAUUAAUGCUAAAAUUGAAGCUCUGGGCCGAUUCGAUCAAAUGACAAUUGAAAAAGGCUCAGAUAGUGGAAGAAAAGAACCAAAUCUAUCUAUUCUACUUAAGAAAAUGACAACUAUUGAAGAUUUGAUGGAUAAGUAUUAUGAUAAUAAUAUUUAUUUAUUACAUAUCGCAUAUGAAUGGGAAGAAAAGGACAAACAAAACUGGUACAAACAAUUGCGAUACUUUAACAAUUUGCAGAAAGUUGAAAUGCAACAAGAGGAAAAAAAGUCAAUUUUCCGAGUAAUUGAUCAUGAUUUGUAUCCCGACUUGCAUGAUAAACCUGAAACUUGCGUUAUUUACCAUGCAUUUCGUGGAAAUAUCCAGUCCAAAGAUUACUACCAUACAUCACACAGUGAGUUUAUACUUCCUUCUAAUCAAGUGUCUGGAAAGAUUUUUUAUUGAUUUCAAUUUAUGUGUAUAGAGAAGUGUAAAAGUGAAGAAGUUGUUAUUAUUUUUUAUCUGUUUUUUUUCUUUUGAGAACUCUUUCUGAGUUAAUUACCUGAUUAGGAUGACAUAACAAAUGAGUCUAGUUAGUUGUAUUUAUACAGUUUUCUCGCUAAUAUCGAGAAUAUAAAUUUAAGCCAGAAAGACUUGCUAAACAUCGGUAAAAGCUAGAAUAAUUUACUUACAUGUUCUAUAGAAAGUCUGCGUAUAAUAUAUAACAAUUAUUAAAACUAACAUUUUUUUCGAAUUACAUCCGAAGUUUAUACUACUAUUCGUGUGCCUUUUACUAAGGGUGUGAAUGUAAAUAUCCAUGUGGAUUUGAAGUGAACAAAAGUCACCUUUCUCCACAUUCACAUCGUCGAAUGUUCAAACUACGAGGUUGCUAGAAAAGAGGAAGUUUUUAGCCUUGAACUAUUUAAAUGUGUCAGCAUUUUUGAUGAAUGAUGCCAUAGCAGUAUCGACUUUGUGUUCCACAUGAAUUUUUAUAUUGAUAAUGCAUGGAUAGAUAAGCUUUUCUUAUUGAUCAGAAAGUUGCAAGGACCUAAGCUCUUAUAUAGGCUUUCUUGACUUUUUGAAAGACUAUUUUUCAAAUACAGACAGAAGACAAUAAACAACAUGCUUUCUGUCGAAAAUGACAUUAAUAAGAGCAUCAAGGUAGCUUUUUAUCUCUAAUUUCUGUCAUACAUGAAAGAUGAUCUGUGCCGUUGCCGACUUCAUCUGGCGAUUGCGAAAUUAACUAGAUUGUCAUUCUGUUUUGACAGAUUGGACACUGAUAUUUUCAUAACGUUGUAGACCCGAGAUUGAAUUUCUACAAUCUGUGUGCCAGUAUCCAGAAUCACAUGAUUUUUGAGAGCCAUUAUCAAGGUAGAACCAAGUUUUUGAAGCCAAAUCCAAUACCAAUAAGUACCAUUCCAGUGAGCAAAAAGAUAGAUACAGCUGAGAUUUUUACUGAAGGUAGAUGUUCAUUAAUUCUACAUAAAGUGGAAACU